AUUAGCCGAAUUCCAUAACAUCCUUGGUGACUAUAUUUUUGUCGUCUUGACAUUGUUUUGGUUUUGUAUUAUUCAUAAUUAUUCUAUUUUUGUCACAUAUAUUACGAAUAAAUAAAUAUGAUAUAUGUGAAAUAAGGGUUGUACAAUAUUAAAAUACCUCAUAUUAUAUUCUGAAAAUGUUUUCACUUAUUAUUUUGAUUGUGUUAUCAAUAUUGUCAUAUCUUUUUACUGAUGAACUUAUACCAAAACUAAAAGAAUUAUUUAUUAAAGCAGGCAUUUUUGGAAUUGACUUGUGUAAAAAUAGUAAGGAUAAAGUCCCAGAAGCGGUUGGUGUUGUAUCAGGAUGUGUUUUUUUGGUUACAAGUUUCCUAUUCAUACCGAUUGUGUUUGGACAUAGCCUUAUGGACAGAGAGCAUUUUCCUCAUAAUGAAUUUGCAGAAAUGUUAGCAGCACUACUCUCUAUAUGUUGUAUGCUUCUCUUGGGAUUUGCUGAUGACGUCUUGGAUUUAAGAUGGAGAUACAAACUGAUCCUGCCAACAGUAGCAUCAUUGCCUCUUCUUGUUGUCUAUUAUGUUAAUUUUAAUUCCACAACUUUUGUUGUGCCAAUACCAUUGAGACAAUUCUUUGGACUAUCUGUAAAUAUUGGUUUCCUCUACUAUGUGUAUAUGGGAAUGUUGGCAGUGUUUUGUACAAAUGCUAUCAACAUACUUGCUGGGGUUAACGGUCUGGAAGUGGGCCAGUCAGUGGUAAUAGCUAUGUCCAUCAUAGUUUUUAAUUUAAUAGAACUGCAAGGAGAUCAAUAUAAAGCUCACAGCUUCUCAUUACACAUUAUGAUACCGUAUUUAGCAACAACAAUGGCAUUACUAAAGCAUAAUUGGUAUCCUUCAAAAGUGUUUGUUGGAGAUACUUUCUGCUAUGUAUCAGGAAUGACGUUUGCUGUAGUAGGUAUUCUUAGCCACUUUAGUAAAACGGUUCUGUUGUUCUUCCUGCCACAAAUUAUUAAUUUUGUAUAUUCAGUUCCUCAGUUAUUUCAUAUCAUUCCAUGUCCAAGGCAUAGAUUACCUAAAUACAGUGGGGAAACUGAUCUGCUGCAAGCAAGUAGAACUUUGAUCGAUAAGAAAGAUUUAAAUGCUAUAAGUAAACUAAUAAUAAAUGUGUUUAGUUUUUUUCAUUUAAUUGAUAAGGUUGAAGAUGAAGUAAGUAUAACAAUAAAUAAUUUGACAUUAAUAAAUUUGUUUCUUAUAAAAUUAGGCCCAAUGUCAGAACUAAGGUUGACUGUUAGCUUAUUGAUGUUUCAAACAGUGUGCACAUGUGUAGCAUUUCUAAUAAGAUAUCCAAUGGCGUCAUAUUUUUACGACACAAAGUUAUGAUCUUUUAAAAAACUUUAUUUUACUUAAUCCCAUAGACUAUGAUUAUUGAUUAGUUCAUCUAUUGUUUUUUCUUAUUUGUACAUUUUUAAUGAUAAACUUAUAUAGUUUGUGUGUAUAUGUUGAGUUUAGUAAAUUUGUAAGCUGUUUUAGUGAUCUUUAUUUAUUAAAAUAUUUGGAAAAUUGUAAAUCACAGAGUGAAUAUUUAUCAUUAAUUUUUUGUAAGUCUGUAGUUUAAGGUAUAUCCAACAGCUCAGUUAAAUUUUAAUAGCUAUUUUGCGUUGAAUGUACAUUUAAUUAAAAAUUGUUUGUAUUAACAGUGGGUAUACACACUUGGCUAUCAAUGUGAAUUAAGUUCUGCCAUGAAUUGAAAGUGUUGCGUUUUAUAAGAUGCGGAGUGCCUUUCCUAUUCCGAGGGGGAAUUUCCUUAAAAAGAUAACAUGGAAAAAAGUGAACUUGGAUGUUUGUUUAUAAUAUUUUAAGAAAUAGGAAUGUAAAUGUUGCCUUUUUGCAAAAUGUUCUGUUAUUAAAAUGUAACUAUGUGGUUCCACUACAGUGACACUUGUAUUAAUACAUAUUGUUGUCUUUGUUUUGCCAAAGAAAAUGAAAGGGAUCGCAAUAUGUACAAGUGUUACUGAAGUAUAUUUCUAUGUUAAGAUAUUGCCAGAAAACUAUAUUUAAUUAUAAGUAAGACAGUGUAAAUUUACAUAUUAUUUUAUCAAUAAAAAUGUACACAUACCAAUUACCAUUUAUUUGUGGUGCACACGAAACAAUCUUAUUCAACCUAAGGCCCGUAACACAAAAGCGAAAGGGGAUCGGAAGCGAAGCGAAACGGCAUGAGCGGGACGUGAAAAGUUAGAUCACCUAAUUUACGCCUUUUUAGUAUAUACAAGCACGUACGCAAGAUUUAAAUUAAAAUAAUGGUAAAAUCAACUUUUACUUAUUUAAUGAUGAAUUCACGAACAUUACAUAUCGAAUAUCAAACAUAAUUUAACCUUAAGUCUAUAAAACAAAUUGUUUAUUUUAAAUUAUAUCACACAGUUGUAUUAUAUUAUCGGACAAUUUACAAUAUCAGCAUGUAUUUAAAAGCUAAUGCGAUGUUUACUAAAGUAGAUAUUUUAUCUCAACAUUUUUAGCGAAAUACAAAGAUGACACAAAUUUAAAAGCACCAUUAUAUAGUAAAAAUAAUAUUUAUACUACAUUUACGUUCAUUAUGUUAUCGCAUCAUUUAUCCAUUUUAUUUACCUUAUUAGUGAGGAGUUUAUAAGUUCUAUGUGACAAUAAGUAUGAAUUUUGAAGCGCAACAACUUUACGAGUUUUUUUUUUCUUAGAGUCGUUACAAAUUGCAUAGACUUUUUUAUACCUCUAGCGAAUAAGAGAUACCAUAAGUAUUGGCUGACCAAUACAAUGUAUAAAUUAAUAUUUUAGGUAAAACUUAUCUAUUCCAACUAAGUAGAAAGAGAUAAUAAUGUCCUCUAAACAUGAUCUUGAGGUAAUGUUUCAUGUUAGCUAAGGGAGCUUCACUUGUUAACAAUUUACAAAAUAUGCCUGUACGUAUUCGUUGGCACUUCAUCCAAAGUUUUUGUUUUUUUAUUAUAUUGCAAGACAUUUCGAAUUUGCAUAGCCCCUUUUUAUAAGCGAAAGGUGCAAAGUAGCGGCGAGAACACCGAGGUGAUCAACAAAGCCAAUAUAAUACAAUCACUCAAACUAAAACUCUUUUUGAUUGCAUGCAAUUGGGCGAGAAUAUAUUAUGUGUCCGUCAAUAUUUUCACCGAUUAAAGUAGAGAUUCUAAGCACCAAACUAAAUGCAGUAAUAAAAUAUUACAACUGAAAAUGAUACACAAUGGAAUGUAUUGUAAAUCACCACUGCCAUAAAAAAAUCCCCGUUUCAAUAUUUCUCAUCAGAAUGAUAAUACUAAUACUGAGAUUAAAGAAAAACAGGUGGGUAAAAAUACAUUAAACUGCAGCAUUAAAAUGCAACUUUGGUUCUUCUUACAUUACAAAUGAAAUACCCAAUGCCAACCAUAAUGACCUUAAUUACAUCUUUCAUUUAAUGACAUUUAGCAGAUUUUUUUCAUUAUAAAUGUUUUAUUAUUUUGGAAAUAAAAGCAUUAAUGAUAAAAUCAAGUAUAAAAUACACUUUGGUUUUGUAAGUUAAAAAGAUAUUGAAAUUCGAAUUUGCUAUUGUUUUG